GCUAUAAGAAUUCCUCGGAAGAGACUUUUCAAUCCAGAAACACGUGAACAUUUGCCGUGAAAACACACUUCCUCCUCUCGACUGCUUCCCCUUACACACUCACUCACCCACUCACUCAUCCCUCGACUCAUUCUUCGCUCACUGAUUCACGAAUCAGGCAGACACCGAUCGACUGCUGAUCCAGACAGACGGAGAGAGAAAGAGAGAGAGAGAGAGAGAGAGUCCUCCUCAUUUGAUCGCGACAAGAGCUCGUUCAACUUUUAAGUGCGUCUUAAUUUUCUCUGACCCAGGGAUGCAUCAACCCACAAAGCUCCUGAUCCUUGGCCUUCUGGGCUUGAUCUUCAUCUCCACCAUGGUGCACGCUUAUCCCCGGACACGCACCUCCAAGUAUGACCGUCAAGCCAGUGGACGCUUGGCAAACAUCAUCCGGAAUGAGAAACCCGCUUGCGAGCGGAAUGUACCCUGUGGGUGGGCUCUAUAUCAUACCCGAUCAUCCAGUGCACUCCGACCCAUUUAUGAAUACACCAAAAACACUUACUGCCAUUGUAAUCUGAGCAGUAAGUGUGUCUACAAAGAGAACCGAUCGGAAAUGAGGGCAUUCGUCUUCUACUGUCGUGAGGACGACAACAACGAGAUGUACCAAUUUCCGGACCACACCACGUAAAGUGAAAUACUGACCAACCCAAAAAAACAAGACGAUCAAAUUAAUUUACUCAAGUUGAGUUGCCCUUGUAAUCAUCCCCUUGUUAAUCCUUAACCCUUCCCCCAUGCCUUCUUUUGAGUCAGUAUUAAAACGAAGACCUUGAGCACACAAAACACUCACACAUUCACCAACACAGGCACGCCUCUAUACUUAGAUGAGCACUUGCGAUUUGAUCGCCAGUCAACAAACAACCCAUCAUCAUCCAUGAAACGAUGGUUGGACAUGGCUUGGAUGCCGAACUAGCCAUCAUCAUCAUCAUCAUCAUAGUCAUCACCACCAGCACCAUCAACACCAGCUCCACCAGCACCAACACUAACACCGAAACUAAAACCAACAUCAUCAUCAUCCCCGCGAGAACGAAAAUUGGCAAUAUGAUAUUUUUUUUUUUGGAUUCAAAAUUGUUCGCCCAUUCUUGAAAACAAAGUAACGGAACGCGGACGAAAUCUUCUCCUCCCCAAUCUGUCCCUUCCUCCCCAAUCUGUCCCCCAAAGUUAACCACGCCGCUUCAAGUGGUUGAAUUGGAACCACUCAAUAUCGUACCUGAGUUAAUUUUUUCUCGACCAUAUCUAUAUCUAUAUAUAUCUAUACAUAUAUUUGACGGCUAAAUAAAGAUGAACGAGAAGAAUUGUUACAAACAUAAGUUUCCAUUGCAUCCAACAACAACAACAAAACAACAACAAGAACGCAACAAUGACGACGGAACAUUUCUUCACUCUUGACCAUGGAGAAUGAUGAUGAAAAUAAAGCUUCUAUUGUUCUUUG